GCACAAAUCAAAACCUCAAGCAAAACUGACAAAACACUUUACCUUCCUAAUCUGACUGGCGUUCAGGGUGGAAAUCACACAGAGAUUAGAGUUGAAAUAUUCCUGAGUAUUUUUGUGAAAUUUGGCUUUACUCGCAGGUCUAGAGGCAGGACAAUGGGGAUCCAGGAGAUCAACCUAAAAGCACUGAUUAGAGUUUUCAGGAGAGAAUGUCACCGGGUUUUGGACUCUGAGAGGACCACAAUGCAUGGAGCAGACAGUAUGCUGAUGGUCCUUCAGCUGGCUGCUGCUGAGGUCCACAAGCAGGAAAGAGGAGAGUUCUGCGUGGCUUUGAGCGACGUGCUGGAGGCUUGGAAACGCUUGCUCCUGGAUAAGCUCGGCCUGUCCCCUGACGCUUCUCCGCUCCCUGAGAAUUAUGAGCUCAUCCGGAAAGAGUACGAGUGCUUUUUGAAGCGCACCAACACCGUGGACUUGAUUGAUGUCUAUAACAUGUACAAAGGGCUGAAGCGAGAUGAGGACCCCGAGGAUCCCCUGACUGCAAUGCAGAUGUUCGAGUUCCUGCUGGGCAGCACUCAGAACACAGAAGAUGCCGAGAUGAUUCCUCCAGUUCCACCUACGCCUUCGAGCCGGGUCAGGACCUGCAGUGCACAGGUGCAACGGGCAGUCCGGAGGCUCUUUUGCUCGUAUCUGGGUAUGCUGGUGAACACGAAGAAUGACUUGGCUGUUGCACAUGCUUUGAACACCCCGAACCGCUGUCUAGGACGCAGUGCAUUCACUGACCUCAAACACGCAGCGCGGAAAAGCAACACAUCUCUAUUUCUGGCAGCAACUUCGUUCAUUCGGGCGAUUGAGCUGGGUGGAAAAGGCUACGCCCCUCCGGAGUCUGACCCUCUGAGGAAGCACUUAAAGGGUUUGUCUCUGUUUGUCCAUUUCAUGGACCAACUGGAUGAGAUUCUGGGUGAAACCCCUAAUCCCAGUGCUGCUGGAGGCAGGAUGCUGUCCACCAUUAGAGCAGCCCUCCUGAAAGGUCUGAGUAGCGCAGAUCUGAUGUACACUACUGUUGAAGACACGGUGAAGGACCUAAACGAAAGAAUCCAACAAAUCCACACUCUUCAGAUAGAGUCUGCUUGUGGCACAGGGAUCAGUCCAGCCCGGCCCAAAACGUACACCAUCAAUCAUGCCACUGCCUAUGCUGGCAGAGAGACCAUUAAAGUCCUUAUCACGAUGUUGGAUGAAGAAGCUCUGGCGCCGCCCUGCAGGAACAAAGCGCAACUGCUUACUGAUGAUCAGACCGUUCUGAAUGAAGCUGAACCUGUGUGUCUCCUGUCGCUCUACAAAUCUCCAGAGGUUCCCACAGGACUCUCUCCAAAGGCCUUGCGCGAGCGCGUCCAGAGCCAACGAGAGCACGUUCAGUCUAAGGUAAGGGAGAGAGGCAUCCGUUCACAGUUUGCCUGCACGUACACUGACGAUGGUCUCCCCCUGAAUCGCGUGCUAGACUUUCCCAGCACGAGCCAGCUCCCGACCUGCAUUCAUCCCGCUCCUAAGCUGACUGUCCCCUCAGCCGUUAACGUGCCCCCAGAGGACGAGUCUGACCCGGCAGACCAAUGUGAAAAACAAGUCGAGGAGGAUAAUCAGGCGGCGAUUCGGGCCUGCCGAAUCUCAGGGAACAAACCGGCCCUCGAGCAACGAAGCACCAACGGCCCGAUCCGAGCAGGUGUUCUAAGGAAAGGAGUGGCAGAACUCCAAAUCGUCACCAAAACUUCCAAGAGGAAGCUGUCAAACAGAGGGUGUGUGGAACAAGGAGGUGAUGAGAACCAGCCGCCCCAGAAGAGACCUCCUGCCAAAGCGUGUAGCUCAGGGCCAGGGAAGAAGAACGGCAACAUGGCUAGAAAGAAGCUCAUCGCAGGUCAGGGCAAGCUUACAAGCUUUUUCCGUCUGUGAUUUUUUAAGCUUCAAUGGGACGCUUUAUCAUCAUCUCUGUAAUCAUGUCCUUCAUCCGAGAGGGUGGUGAUCAGUUAGAACUUUGAGCGUCCGCUUUUUGAUUUAAGCCCCACUGUAGAUCAGUGUUUUAACUAAAAACCUUUUACAUGCAGUUUUAGAUAUUAUUUGACAAUUUCCAAUCAAUUUCCCUCUUUGUCCAGUGAAACAAGUACAUCAUUUCUGUUUUUAAUAAAGUUUUAUUUGACUGUA